GAACAAAAAUUACUGAUGGCCUUUCCAGCCCUGUUUUUGCUUCCAUCUUAUGUGUGUAAGCAAGAUCAAGAAAGUGUUGGAUCUGCUGAUGUGAAAUCACUAAGAGCAUUGGCAUUCCUUCGAGCAGGUGUUUCUGGUAUAUUGAGCCUGGCUACUUUGGCAUCUGCUGAUGAAGCUGAGCAUGGCCUACCAUGUCCAAUCUAUCCUUGGCCUCACAAAGGCAUUCUUAGUUCCUAUGACCACGCAUCAAUUCGGCGCGGUCACCAAGUUUACCAACAAGUUUGUGCUUCUUGCCAUUCAAUGUCUCUGAUUUCAUAUCGAGAUCUUGUUGGUGUAGCAUACACUGAAGAGGAGACAAAGGCUAUGGCAGCUGAGGUUGAGGUGGUUGAUGGGCCAAAUGGUGAAGGUGAAAUGUUCACAUGUCCUGGUAAAGGUAAAUUAAGCGAUCGUUUCCCUCAGCCAUAUCCAAAUGAACAAGCAGCAAGAUUUGCCAAUGGAGGAGCAUAUCCUCCAGACUUAAGCAUUAUCACCAAGGCACGACACAAUGGCCAAAACUAUGUUUUUGCCCUACUCACAGGAUAUCGUGAUCCUUCUGCAGGUGUUUUGAUUCCUGAUACUUCAAAUGCUCACAUAGAUGAUGAUGAUGGAGCUGAAUCCCGUCCCUGA